GGAUCCUCUCCUCUGAUUGGCUUGUGUCUCUGUGUCUCUCUCAGUGUAGACUGAGCUGAAGCAGAGCAGCAGCAGUAGAAGCUUUCUCCCAGUCUCUCUCUCAGUUUCUCUUAAAUUUCGUUUUAAUCAUCUGCUGCUGAGGUCAGAUUAGGGACUUUCCAACAGUACUAGAAACCAGUGCUUGAGUCAUUUCUUUUUUAUGUGAAGCUUGAACAGGGACAGUUGUUGGAUCUUUAAAGAAGAAUCAUAAAGAGUUGACUGCUGUGACAUCACUGAGGUGAAAAUGCCUCAGACUACAGAGUUUAAGGGUCAGCUGAAGACCAGCGUCUACAACAAGAACCUGAACCAGAACCAUAGGGAUCACAGUCUGGGUCUCUGCUACAAUGACAAUAACCUGGUGUCAGGAUCUCUGGAGGAUCUGAUCCAUCACCUGGUCCCAACAGCGGACUAUUAUCCUGAUAGGACAUUCAUCUUCACCUUUCUGCUCAGCUCUCGUCUCUUUAUCCGACCUCAUGACCUCAUGUCUAGAGUGUGUCUGCUCUGCACGGAGCAGCAGAGACUCGGAGAACCUCGGGCCGACAAGGUUGGACUCAGACAUUUGGCUCCAAAGAUCCUUCAGCUGCUGACAGAGUGGACAGAAAACUUCGAUGAGCGGAUGAUGUGCAGCCUGAAGGAGCUAACACAGCGGUUGGCCAGUGGAGACGAACUGUACAGGAAGGCAGUGGCACAGAUGAGUCAGGGUUUGAUCCGCAUGUUGACAGUUCUCAGUCAGUAUGAAGAAGCUCUGCUGAAGAUUAAUGCAGCAGCAGCCGAGAGACUGACCCUAGUGAAGACAAAACCUCAGGGGGCGCUGCAGCGGGAUCUGAUGUCUAUCUGUAACGACCCCUUCACCGUGGCCCAGCAGCUCACGCACAUUGAACUGGAGCGGCUGAGUUACAUUGGACCUGAAGAGUUCAUCCAGGCCUUCAUCCAAAAAGAUCCUCUAGACAAUGACCAGAGGGGUUUCAGUAAGAAGAGCAGGAACCUCGGGGCCUACAUCGAUUGGUUUAACCGACUCAGUUACCUGGUGGCGACAGAAAUCUGUCUGACAGCAAAGAAGAAGCAGAGGGCUAGAGUCAUGGAGUUCUUCAUCGAUGUGGCUCGAGAGUGUUAUAAUAUCGGAAACUUUAACUCGCUCAUGGCCAUCAUCUCUGGCAUGAACAUGAGUCCAGUGUCCCGGCUGAAGAAAACAUGGAGCAAAGUGAAAACGGCAAAGUUUGACAUUUUGGAACAUCAGAUGGAUCCUUCUAGUAACUUCUACAACUACAGAACAGCUCUGAGAGGAGCCACUCAGCGAUCCAUGGCUGCGAACAGCAACAGAGAGAAGAUCGUGGUGCCAUUCUUCAGCCUCUUUAUUAAAGACAUCUUCUUCCUGAAUGCAGGCUGUGUGAACCGACUGCAGAACGGACACAUCAACUUUCAGAAAUUUUGGGAAGUGGCCAAACAUGUGAGUGAGUUCAUGACAUGGAAAAAAGUAGAGUGUCCAUUUGAGAAAGACCGAAGAAUUCUGCAGCACCUGCUGACCACACCUGUUCUGACGGAGGAUGCUCUCUAUUUGGCUUCAUAUGAGAGUGAAGGUCCAGAAAACAACAUGGAGAAAGACAGAUGGAAAAGUCUGAGAUCCUCUCUGUUGACCAGAGCAUAGAUCCCUGUUUUUAUGAUUAGCCCCGCUAACUCUCCUUAUCAGUGUAACUGUAAAAUUAAAGUAGAGCUUUUCUGUGUCCACAAGGAGGCGACAAUCAUGAAUCUAAUUGAAGAUAGAGUCGUUUCUUUUUUUCCCCUCAUAUGUUGGAUAACUCCAUCAAAUAUUUUUGCUGCACUUUCACCCGGAUGAUCCGGUGACCAUUUGGCAUUAUCGUUAGCUGCUGGUCGGCUAACGGUGCUGCAUUCUCUGCGGUUCACCACCAGCCGGAACAUUAAAACUGGCCGUGGUAAAGGGGAACAUGUUUGUAACGAACUUCCUUUUUUUGUCCCUUCUGUUGUUAUUUCUUUCUGGGUAAGAAACGUUUUUUCUACGUCACUCCAUUGCUUUCUCUCUUUAGUUGUGGUCUUUCAGAGUUUAACACCUCUUGGCUUCUGUAUAUUUCUGAAUUGAAGCUGUCAUUAUUAAAUACUGAGGUAUAUUUUAGUGUAAUUAUAUCAACUGACUCUAAUGUUAGCGCCUCUUGCUGCUGGAACCAGCUUAAACUAGGUAGCAGUGCCUUAACGUCACCUGAGCUGCGAGCUAAAAUCACAACUUUUCUCUACUUAUAAACCGCUUUUCCUGUUGGAAAAGUCAGUAUUAAAGCGGAGCUUAUCGUGAGGCCGAUUCCAGUAGCAGGAGUGCUGACUUUGUGUCAUGUCUUCAAACAGAUAUACCUGAAAAAUCGAACUGUUCUCUAGAGUGUAAAACUGGUGUUGUUAACGUCAAUUUAGCUGCUUCGCCUUUAAAUGUAGUGAGUGUGACUGUGCUGCCCCCUAGUGGUAAAACGUACGUAUUUAAACGUUUAUGUUUAUAGUUAAUAUCAUUUACUUUCAUUUAUUUAUUUUACAGGUUUCUCAUACGAAUAUUUCUAGUCCAUUAUUUCCUCAUGUAAUGUUUUGUUACCAGACAUUAUUUUAUUAUUGUCCUAAAUAUUUAUUGUUAUUGUUUUACGUGUAUUACGUGUAAAAAGUAUUUUUGAGGCUAAUAGAAUGACGUCAAUGAUAUUUGGCUGACGCUGCUGGGCCUUGGCUGCGCCCCCUUUACCACAGUAAGCUGACCUGUUUUUCCUGUGAAUGUUAUUUUCCGUAAUAAUUUUUUAUUUUAUAAAUAAAUUUUGUAUUUGAUUCUCA